AUGGCACUCACAAAGACCGCCCCAUCUCGCACAGUAACAGGCACCGAGGGCGUCAAGUGCGAUGGCCACAACAAGCCCGCGCGCAAGUUCCAAGCCGGCCCGACAUCCAAGAACCCGGGACGGUGGUUUUACACGUGCGCCCUAUCUCGUGACGACCCGCAGCGCUGCAAAUUCUUCAAAUGGGCCGACGAGGUUUCUAUUCCUAACGGCGGCCAGGUGCUUGGUACCUCCCCAGCCCCAGGCCCGCGCAACGGUCUUGCGCCGACCACCCCGAGCCGCCUGAUGAGGCCGACUGGGAGCGCAUUACACACGCCAUCCAAAGCGCAUCCGCAUUCGCCGGCGCCUCCUGUUUCCUCGGCGACGCGGACGCCGACGCAUCCGUCGCAGAAGAAGGAGGAUGACGAUAUCGAUUGGGAGAGUCUCGAUGCGGACGAACUUGAGCGCGAUGCGGUCACGCGGACACCCAAGUCUUCCCAGAGCCAGAGUGAGCGGGGAAUGGGUGUCCAGGCGCGAUUGGAAGCUGUUUCGCCACUUGUUAAGCGCAAGUUGUCAGAUGAGGGGGAAGAUGAGCGGACGCCCAAGCGCGCAACCGGGGCCAAUCCGUUCCUCACGACGCCGUCGCGCGAGGUCACGACGCCGUCGUCGUCGCAUACGCCUUUUUCGCAUAUCAGUACGCCUGGAUCAGAGGUCGGUGCUGGCGGCGUACAACAUCCCGCGCUUGGCGGGGUUAUGACCUCUCUUGGUGAGGUUGGGGAACACCUUGCGCGGCAGGAGCGCCUCGUUAGAGCCGCGGAGAGCAUGAAGCGCUCGAUGAGGACGACGAUCAAGAACCUCCAGGAGCGGGUUAAGUCGCUCGAGGAGCAGCUUCAGGCCGAGCGCGCCAAGAACAAGUAG